AGUAGGAACAGAGCAUGUACUGUUUCAUAUUACGGCGAAAAGAAGAGAAAGAGGGGAAGAGUUAAUGCGGCCAAAGGCUCUGCUGGGUCGUGCAGUCGUGCUCCGCUUGUUUAGGCGCGCUGCAGUUUUCUGGGUUUAUGGAUUCACUGAGAGAGGACAAUGUACAUCUCUGUAGUGCUGCUGGUCCUGAUUAAAGCUCUGCUCACAGAAGUAUGCCAUGCCUUAAAUGUGACAGUGAUCCCCGGACCUGUUGUCACGGCAACCGAGCGGGCGAACCUGACACUGUCCUGCCUAGUGUCUCAGAGAAAGAGGAGCAGCAGCGUCCUCGUCCUCCGAUGGUUCGUCUCCCCUUUGGCUGCUCCCUCCCUCGCACCCCCUUUACCUUCUCCGUCUACCUCCACUGCGGCCCCCGAGCCCUCCCAGUUCCUCAUCGUCAAGAUGAGCAUGAAAAAAAUCAAGCUGUACGGGAACUACACCCGCCGCUUCCCCCAGCCCAAGUUUCGCCUUUACGAGCAAACGGAAGGAGAGGUGUACCGCUUGAAGAUUCUCAACGUGAGCGGGACGGACCAGGGCUUCUACACAUGUCGAGUGCACGAGAUAAGGAAAACCAGGAACGUAUGGAGGGCCUCGUCUAAUGGUUCUGCCACCACACAGCUGACAGUGCAUUUUACUCUGGAGGCUCGUAGCAGUGAAGGAAUUUGGCAUCUGUUAUCAGACGUAAACGUGUGCGCUGUGGUGAUCUGCUCGCUGGGAUUGCUCUCCAUCUUCCUCUUCACGCUCACUCUCACCAUCCAGUACUUCUACAGGAGACAGAGGCUAAAAGCAAGUUACCUACUGGUCAGGUGUCCAGAGAGCAGUUCAGGAGAAACUGUGACCAGCUCCGGGAGUUCUUCCAGUUCCUCCCCAAAAACACAAAAGAAAGACACGGGGCAGAAGAGUGUUAUAAAAGUGGCAUUAAAACCCCCAAAAGUGCCUGAGAAACCACUACCACAAACUCCAGUUAAAGCACCUGCGGCUUCCAAAAGACCCCAAAAGCCUAAAAGGUCAAAAGCUAACAAAAGAAGGUCUACCACAGCUCGAGCACCCAAGGAGGACAGUCUAACCUAUGCGGAGCUGGAGCUGGUGCGGCCCAAUCUGGAACCAGCGGCUUCAGCCAGCCCCGACCCCGCCGCCUGCAGCCCAGACACAGUGUACGCUCAGAUCCUCUUCCAGGAGAAACAGCUGUAAACACAGUAGCUCUCAACACAUGGAUUUCCAUGGUACCUCCCGGGGAGGAGUACAGAAUGAGGUCUGGACUGAGAAAGUAUAUUUAUGAACAUGCAAUCUUGACAAUUAGGCAUUUGUUUCAGCCUUAAUAAGGGUUUGUGUGUCUUUAACCGCCUGGUUCCAGUCCAGCUUAAGUCCUAUUGUUGUUUGGUUUGUCUGCAUCUCCGGCCUGUCAGCCAGAUGUUCAUAAAAAUGCUCUGUUAUUGUUCUGUGGAUGCUCUGGAGGUUUUGUAGAAAGAAAUGAUUGUUUUUGCUCCUUUUCUGCUAUGUCCUAAGAUAGGGCAGCUUUGUACAUUCUCCAAUAGUUACAGAGGAGAAAUAAACGUAGUUAAUACUAAUAAAAUCAUGCCUAGGUGAAGAUGGAUAUCUUUGCUUCGCAUUAAAAAUGUUUUUUUUUUUAUAAAUGUUCUGGU